CCCUUUCCACCAUUCUCGGUGGUUUAUAACCUCUUUAGAGUAACCGACCAGCUCACACCGACAACACCGGUGAAAUGAAAGCCGUAGUCCUCGCCGCCGGGUACGGAACCAGGCUCCAGAGGGACGUGGUGGCCGACAGCAGCGGGGAAUUCGCUCACCUGUCCGGCGUCGCCAAGCCGCUGCUGCCCGUGGGACGGUGCUCGUUGAUCUCCCACUGGGUGCGUUCACUGACCGCCUCUGGCUGUGUGGACUGCAUCUAUGUGGUUACUAACGCUCUCUAUCACGCUGCAUUUGAGGAGUGGGCAUCACAUUUCACUAACGUCAAGAUUCUCAACGAUCAGACGAGAAGCAACGAGGGCCGUCUUGGUGCUGUGGCCUGCCUGCAACUUGCAGUGAAGCACUUCAAGAUAGAAGACCACGUCUUGGUAAUAGGGGGUGACACGCUCUUCAAAGAAGAUUUUAGCCUCAGUAAAGUGAAAGAGAGGUUUUCUGACCUGCAGGCAACGUGUGAGGACAGCUGUCUGGUGCUCUCCUACCAGUGCAAGGAGGAGGAAACUCGUAAAUACGGGAUAUUGGAAGUAGACGGUGACCUUCGCGUCCUCUGUAUGAAGGAGAAACCUCUUCCUUCUGAGACAAAGUCGAGGAGAGCAUGUCCCUGUUUCUAUGUGUUUUCAAAGAAAAGCCUCCCACUGUUGGAUGCAUUCAUUGAGGAGAAGAAGGAGGCUCGUAUUGAUGAGAGAGACGCCCCAGGGAACUUUGUGUCGUGGCUCAUUCCAAGGAAGCCAGUUUACGUUCAUCAGAUUUCUGGGCGUUUCGAUGUUGGAAACCUGCCUUCAUAUGUUGAAUGUGACCUUUACUUCAGAGAAAAACUUCAAGAUGUCGAGUCUUACAUGGUUUAGACAAACACCACAUUUAUUGUGCCACGUUAAAAAAGU